AUGCCUUCUGUUUUAUUUCGUCAAAAUUAUCGAAAUAGUUAUAAUAGUAUUGGUAAUAGUAUGGUAUCAAUAGUUGAACAAAAUCCAACUCCCAACUACCUCCAACAACAACAUUUAAGUAGUAGUGCAAGAAUCGUACAUGGUUUCCAACAAUGGAAUUUACCAACUCUAAAUAAUAAUAAUAAUGGUGGUUUUUCAACAUCACCAUCAACUUCACCAACCUCUUCACCAAGCUAUGUACCAUCAACUUUACCAUUAAACAACAGCUAUUCAUCGUUUUUAACAAAUGUAGCUGCCGUUCCAGUUCACGUUCCAAUUCACGUUCCAAUUCACGUUCCAAUUCCAACCAUUACAACCACUCAAGUAGCAUCGGUUAAAAAUCUAAUCCUCGAAGACUCUUAUGACAGCAUCAACAGUAACAGCAAUAGUUUUGAUCACCUCCAACCACAACAAGUCUAUCCAAUUACAAAUACAAGUAAUAGUAGUAGUCCAAGCCUUGGAUCUGAAUCACCAGAACCAACCACUCCAGCGAAUCACAAACAAGUUGGAACCCUUUUCAAGAGAAAACCAAGACUAGUCUACAUCAACAUGAUUGACAGUUACUUGGAACAAAAAAAUUCAAAGGAUAUUCAUUUUAAUGGUAUUGUUAUUCCAGUACUAAGUGAAUCAGUUGCUAUUCAACCUGAAAAUUGUAUUCAUGGUAGUAUCCAUUUUGUAGUAUUAAAUAAAGAGGAAAUUAAACUUGAACCUCAAAGAACUCGUACAUGUGCAGAGAAUCGUUGGGCUCAAGUUGGAGGAACCCAAAGAAUAUUUUAUGAUGAUAUCAUUGGUUAUCAACGAACUUUUAUUAUCGAGGGAUCCAGUGGCAAGGAGAGACUAUUGGAAUAUGUCAAGCCAAAAGGAUGUAAAAAUGUGUCAAAGACCGUCUAUGAACAACCAGGUUAUUUGGAUCAAGACCAUCCCUAUGUAUUACUUAGACACUAUCUCGACGAUAAACGAUCAAAGAAGAAAUCAUCUCCAUCAUCUCCAUCUGAGAAUUCACCAAAUUCACCAAAUUCACCAAAAUCAACUCCAAGAUUAUCAACCUCACCGUCGAAUAAUAAUAAUAAUAAUAUUUCCAACAACAUCAACAACAAAUCACCAUCCAAAGAUCAUAAUAAUAAUAAUAAUAAUGGUGGUGAUAGUAAUACCACUAAUACUGGUAGUACAAAAAAGAAUGUUUAUUACAAAAACAUUGCCCGAUUUAGAAAACCAUAUGCUAAAAACAAUGAUUGA